AUGGCAGAGAAUAAGCGCCAGAGUGCCGGAGUGAAAGUACCAUCACAAGGGUCUUCCGGUGUCGCUGCGGCAGGAAUGGCAGCUGCCAUGGUGCCGUUGGAGGUGGCCUUGAGCGGCGCAAUUGGCGCUCGCGUCCGCAUCAGUACUGCUGCUCCCACUACCUCUACGAUCGAGGGCACGCUAUUCACCGCCUGUCCGAUCACGAACCUCGUUGCCAUCAACACAGCCGACAAACAGUCCCAAGCAGGCGAUUAUCACAUCAUCCCCGUGUCGCGGAUACAGUCGUUCCAACUUCUGUCCCUUGCUCCUAACGCCACCGACUCUCCCUCCUUCUCCCACGCAGUACCUCCGCUGCAUGCGCUCGACAUCCGUGCCCUCAGAGCACGCGAGGCCAGUGCCGUCGGCAAGUUGCAGGAGGGCGAGGCGCGGCGCGGGAAGGGCGUGACGCGGGAAGCACAGGAUAUAUUCGAUGCGUUCAGUCGCACAAUGCCGGCACGGUGGGACGGGACAAACAUCAUCGUGGCGGACGCCGUCACCAUCGCGGCGCCGUACCGCGUCGAUGACUGCCGAUCGAUAGCGGCCGGUGACACGGCUGCUCUGGCCCGAGUGCGCAAAGUGCUUGAAAUGGAGCGCAAGAAGAUCGAGCUCCGCAACGCCAGCGCAACCAUCGGCACGGCUGGUGCCUUUUCACGCUCCGCGUCAGGCAAGGACACCCGCAGCUCGGCUAAUGCCACUCCCUCGCCGGGUCCAGGUGCAGCUGGACAGCGGAAAGGAGGUUGA